AUGGAGUAUCAUUUUUCAAAUUGGGAUUUUAAUAUUGGAAUUAUACUAGCAAUUAGUUCUAAUAUUUUUAUAGGUGCAAGUUUUAUCAUUAAAAAAAAAGCAUUGAUUCAAUUACAAAGAUAUGGGAUUCGUGCUGGUGAAGGAGGUCAUGGUUACUUGAGACAAUUCACCUGGUGGUCCGGUCUUCUGACAAUGGGUAUUGGCGAAGCUGCUAAUUUUGUAGCUUAUGCAUUUGCACCGGCUUCUGUAGUAACGCCAUUAGGAGCACUUAGCAUAGUUAUUACCUCUAUUUUAUCAUCAAAAUAUUUGAAUGAAAAAAUCAACUUGCUUGGAAAGGAUGCCUCCUUUGCAUUUUAG